CAAACAUUCUCUCAAAACAUGCAUUAUUAGUGUCCAAAAAUAUGAAGUAGAAAACAACUUUAAAACUACUCCAACUCUCUCACUAUUUUCCCACCUCUUUCCUUUCAAAAAUUUAUAUGGGUAUUCGUUUCGCUAAACAUUUCUGGUUCAGAAUGUGUCAAAACAUCAAAAGAUUAUUAUUUUGUAAGAGGCGUUUAAUACCAAUAACUUGUCAAAAACAGUCAAAAAAAGUUUCUGAAAAGCCAGUGAUCCCUUCUUUCAAAACUAUGCCAACUUCUUCAAAUAUUGGACCAAUUUUGGGCAAGCCUUGUGUUGACAUUACAAGCCUUUAUGAUCUUGAUAAAGAACUUGGGAGGGGUCAAUUUGGUGUAACAUAUCUAUGUACUGACAAAUCUAGUGGAUUGAAGUAUGCAUGCAAGUCUAUUUCAAGAAAGAAGUUGGUAACUAACAACGAUAUAGAAGAUGUUAGAAGGGAGAUUAUGAUAAUGCAGCAUCUAAGUGGACAACCUAAUAUUGUUGAAUUUAAAGGUGCUUAUGAGGACAUGAAUAAUAUAUAUUUGGUCAUGGAGUUGUGUUCUGGAGGGGAGCUUUUUGAUCGCAUUACUGCAAAAGGAAAUUAUUCUGAGAAAGAAGCAGCAACAAUUGGAAGACAAAUUGUAAAUGUUGUACAAGCUUGUCAUUUCAUGGGGGUCAUGCAUAGAGACCUUAAACCUGAGAAUUUCUUGAUGGUUAGUAAAGCAGAUGAUUCUCCAUUGAAGGCCACAGAUUUUGGUCUCUCUGUCUUCAUUGAGGAAGGAAAAGUUUACAAGGAUAUUGUUGGAAGUGCAUAUUAUGUGGCUCCUCAAGUGUUGCAGCGUAACUAUGGAAAGGAGAUCGACGUGUGGAGUGCUGGAGUCAUAUUAUACAUUCUAUUGAGUGGCUUUCCUCCAUUCUGGGCUGAGACCGAGGAAGGAAUAUUUGAAGAGAUUCGUAAAGGUAAGUUGGAUCUUGAAAGCUCUCCCUGGCCUUCUAUAUCUGCCUCCGCAAAGGAUCUUCUCAAGAAAAUGUUGACAGUGGAUCCUAAGAGAAGGAUCACUGCAGAUCAAGCCCUUGAACAUCCAUGGCUGAAGGAAGAUGGCGAGGCAUCAGACAAGCCUAUCGAUAGUGCUGUUUUGAUCAGGAUGAAGCAAUUCAGAGCAAUGAACAAGAUGAAGAAGCUUGCUCUUAAAGUUAUCGCAGAAAAUUUAUCAGAAGAAGAAAUUAAGGGACUAAAGCAAAUGUUCAGCAACAUAGAUACUGAUGGAAGUGGUACAAUCACAUAUGAAGAACUUAAAACUGGAUUAUCUAGGCUAGGAUCCAAGCUCAAUGAAGCAGAAACAAAGCAGCUAAUUGAAGCAGCUGAUGUUGACAAAAGUGGGACUAUAGACUAUAUCGAGUUCAUUACUGCUACAAUGCAUCGACACAGACUUGAAAGAGAAGAAAAUUUGUACAAGGCUUUUCAGUAUUUUGACAAGGAUAAUAAUGGAUUUAUAACAAGAGAUGAGCUUAGACAUGCUCUGACCAAGUACGGAAUGGGAGAUGAAGCUACAAUUGAUGAAAUUCUUGAUGAUGUUGAUACAGAUAAAGAUGGCAAAAUUAACUAUGAUGAGUUUGUAUCAAUGAUGAGAAGAGGUACUGUUGAUGGUGAAGGAAAUCAGAGAGAGGUUAACCAUAUUUCUUCUCUUGGUCACUCAAUGUGAGCUAAAUCAACAAGCAUUUUCUAAGAAUAAGAUCUUUCACUAGGUCAAUUCAGGUUGUUAAUUUGCUCAAGCUGACCAUAUUUGUAACUGUUUACUCAAAAUACCAAAAAGGGAAAACGAAACUAUUGGUCCUUGA